CCGAGAGGUUAUGUGGAAGUUGUUGUUUAUACGUUUCGUGGGAGUUUUAUAAGAUCAAUUGGGCCCAAAAUCUAUCUUAAUUUUCGUACCGUGAUUGUGAUUACUAUUCUAUUACAAAAAUGUCUGACGACGACGAAAUAGCGUACAUAAAACGACCACGCACCAUUCACUAUGGAUCUUUGGAGGAAGCUGAAAGGCAGCGACAACAAGCACUCGAAAAUAUUGAAUCUGACGAAGAGGAGUACGAGCCGGAGAGUAAGAAAGCUGUCCUGGCUGCAGCGAGUGCAGCUGUAAACUCAACGUCUUCUACAGCGACUACGACUAUAGGAAAUGUCCAAGUGUCCAGUGAAUACUUCGACCUCGAAGCCGAAGUCUCAAAAGACAAGCAAGCUCUCCUGGAGGAAUUCGAACGAAAACGUCGCGCCCGCCAGAUCAACGUCAGUACCGACGAUGCUGAAGUCAAACGCAACCUGCGUCAACUCAACGAACCUAUUUGCCUUUUCGGCGAGGGUCCAGCCGAGCGUCGUAGACGUCUCAAGGAACUUCUUGCUAGCCUCGGUGAGAAUGCUAUUCGCCAAAAACAAACCGAAGAAGAGGAACGGAAACAGCUUCAAAAGGAACAGGAGACAACUUGGUACCAUGAAGGGCCAGAAUCAUUGCGUGUUGCAAGAUUUUGGAUCGCCGACUACUCCCUGCCCAGAUCGAAAGCAAGACUAGACAAUGCUCGGAAAUUGGUGGAGCUACCAAGCUCUAUAAAAGCUGGUCGAAUGGUGGAACUGCAGAAACGGAUACAAUCGCUAGUCCCUCUUUGCAGUCAAGUUGGCGAUUCACGGCCUGUGAGCUACUGCGCGUUCAACGACAACUCGACCCUGAUGAUGACGUCCAGUUGGUCGGGUUUGUGUAAAUUGUGGAGCAUUCCGGAUUGUUCAUUACAGCAGACUCUACGUGGGCACACAAGUUAUGUUGGGGGCGUUGCAUUUCGACCGGCUGUCCCUUAUGAUGCAAAGAACGAAGUGGCUAUGGCAUCAGGCGGACAUGAUGGUUCCGUAAAAUUAUGGGCAUUUGGGAGCGAGGAAGCUAUUGCUGAUAUUACAGGACAUAUACCCCACAGAGUGUCGAAGCUUGGAUUUCAUCCAUCCGGACGAUUCCUGGCCACUGCCUGCUACGACUCUUCUUGGCGAUUGUGGGAUCUAGAGCAGAAACAAGAGGUUUUGCAUCAAGAAGGUCAUGCCAAAUCUGUGCAUUGUCUUUCGUUUCAAAUUGACGGUAGUGUGAUUGCCACUGGAGGUUUGGAUGCUUUCGGUCGAAUCUGGGAUUUGCGAACAGGUCGAUGUAUAAUGUUCUUGGAAGGACAUUUAGGCUCGAUAUUUGGCAUUGAUUUUUCACCAAAUGGUUUCCAUAUUGUAACCGGAAGUCAAGAUAAUUCAUGCAAGAUUUGGGACCUUAGACGUCGACAGACUGUCUACACGAUUCCGGCACAUACAAAUCUUAUAUCGGACGUCAAAUAUCAAAAGGACGGAGGCAACUUUUUAGUCACGGGAAGCUAUGAUUGUACGACAAAGAUCUGGUCCAACAAAACGUGGCAACCGCUGAAAACGCUUCACGGACACGACGGGAAAAUAACGAGCGUUGAUAUUUCACCUAAUUCGCAAUAUAUUGCGACUACAUCGUUUGAUCGUACUUUUAAGUUGUGGUCUCCUGAAAUUUAGCCUAAGAUAUUUGUAAAAAUUAAUAUAAAUAAAAAAAAACUUAUGAAAA